AUGGAUCAUAUCCCGACAUUCCUCGAGGCUUCGGCUGUCAAGCAGUUGACAUCGCAUACAUACUCCGGGAAUCUGUCAAAGUCCUAUUGUAUAGGUGCGGUCCCAAAUGGCGGAUAUGUCGCUGCAGUUAUGUUACGGGCUGCGGCCACACACAUGACAACUACCCAUGCACGGAUAACCCCACCUCAGAAGCAUGCCAUCUCUUUCCAUGGAAUGUUCAUGAUCAAGACGAAUGCUGGAGCCGUUGAAGUGAAGGUCGCCGAUUCAAAGAUUGGAAGAGGUUAUAGUGUUCUUCACAUAGAAUUGCUGCAGGAAGGCAUGAAGUGUGUGAAUGCCUAUGUGACCAUGACCAAUAUUGAUAACGAGAGCGGUCCAACUUUGAAUACAUUCUGGGAAAAGCCCGAUCCUGGUUUGGUUGGGAGGAAACAGUUGGAUAAACUUUUAACUCCGGAAGGGGUUGAAGGCUGGUAUGAGCAUCCGAAGCCAUUUGCUGACUUCAGGGAGGUUUCCAAGAGAACACGUUUCUUCUCUGCGAAGAAGCCUACUCCUGGUGUUGUCAGCAACUGGGGUACCUUUACCAACCAGUCCGACAGUAUCACCAACGAGGCUAUCGCCCUUAUUGCCGACUUGUUUGUCGGCGUGGUUGAACAAAUGGAUUCCGACGGCGGGGAUGACCCGAAACAACAAUUCCAAUCGGCAAAGUUUUGGUAUCCCACGUUGUCAUUUACCCUAGAUGUCAAGAAGUCUCUUCCAAAGGAUGGCGUCAAAUGGGUGUUUAGCAAAGUUCACAGCCAGCAGGUUAAGAACGGUAGAUGGGAUCUGCAAGUCGUCAUGUUGGACGAGGACGGCGAGUUACUGGCUACGAGUACGCAGGUUGCCUUGAUGGUGGAUGCCUCUCGGAAUACUAAGCCAAGGGGAAAGAGGGAUGUUCCUGCUACAAAGCUAUAG